AAGGCUCUGACUGAAAGCAAAGGUGAGUGGAAUGGGAAAGGGAAGGAAAGGGCCUUCGACAAUCAAUGCUUCUCCUGAGCUUAUCGUGCACCCACAGACUUCGACAAAAUGAACUUCGAGGCCGAGUUACGCGAUUCAUGUCCCCCAGAAACUGAAGCCUUGAUCCGUCAAACCUUGCAACGCGUUGAGAACUUCGAAACUCGUGAAGAUGCAUUGAGAGGGUACAUUCAGCACCUACAAGCAACGUUGUCCGAUCAAGGCGAACGUCAGGAACAGACUCGGGCGGAGGUGGAAGCCACCACUCAAAGAAUCAAAGAAGCCGAAGCCGAAAUUUUACGGCUCAGCGAGUCCCAAUUUGCGCAAACCGCUGAGAUCGAAGUGCAACGCGCCACCAUCCGGGCAGAACAAGUAGCGAAGGCCGCAUUGAUCAGCCAACUGCAACAAUUUGACGCAGCAAAAAGCGUAUUGGAAGCUACUCUGCAAGAACGUAAUGUAGAAUUGGGGCGCGUGAGCACAGCUGUCGCCAAUAUUGGGGUCGCGGUUGCAGAGGCCGCAAGGGAUUCCCCCACAGUGAUGCAGGCUUUGACUACUGCGCUUGGCAGCAUUGGAUUCAUGAUACCAGCCGGAUCUUCAAGCAAGCCCGCUCCGGCAAUCGAAGACCUGUCGGCAAUCGAAGAUUUGUCGGGCGAGCCUGCUCAGGCAAUUGAAUAUGAUUCGCACUCAUCUGCAGAGCAAGAUGCCCCCGUUUCCCGCUGAAAGCAGCGCUAGUUUGAGCAGUUCCUGUUUACAUGCACUUCUCUUACAGUCUGGAACAAAGUCUCAGGAUAUACGAGUUUUAUGAGCAUUGAUAACUUGUAACGCUAGGUACCUGUUCCGGACUUCAACAAUUUACUGCAAUCUACAGCCUUCACAAGUACGCUGUGGUGGUGGCCGGCCGAAGCGGGUGUCAGUUGUUCGGAUCGUAGG